ACAGGAGCAAGUUGUGGGAUCAAGAGGUGGCGCUCGUUAUCAGACCUGACGUGAAUGGGCCUUGAUUUCACAGAAAAGGAUUAUCAUUUUACAUUUAUGGCCGAAUUUGAUACGUAUAAUGCUCUCAGGAACAGUUGUAUUAUCUGCGACCUAGAUAAUUUCAUCUAGAGCAGGAAUCGAAAACAGGACACUGCUCCUGCAAAUGCAACCGGCAGGCUUGACAGACACAGUUUUCUGACUGAGCACCGCUCCCGAUCCCGUUACUCAGCGAGAGGCGCGCUUGUCAACCGAAUAGCACGGGACUGGACUGGUACAGAGGAGCUCGUGGGUCGUAGAAUUGGAAGGAGCUAACUUCAUAUCGUCCUUGGCUAAGUUAAUCAACAUUUUAGAAAGGAAAGGGAUUGUGUUUUUGGAAACAUGGCGACUAAAAGAGCAUGGAAGCUACAGGAGCUGGUCGCUCAUAGCGGCAAUGUUAACUGCCUGGCUCUUGGGCCCAGAAGUGGCCGGGUAAUGGUGACUGGUGGUGAUGAUAAGAAGGUCAAUCUAUGGGCUGUUGGCAAACAGAACUGUAUCAUUAGUCUGUCAGGUCAUACAUCAUCGGUUGAAAGUGUGAAAUUCAACGACAGUGAGGAAUUGGUGGUUGCUGGUUCGCAGUCUGGCACAAUGAAGAUAUAUGAUCUAGAAAAAGCAAAAGGUGUAAGAACAUUGACUGGUCAUAGAAAUAGUAUUAAAUGCAUAGACUUUCAUCCAUACGGCGAGUUUGUGGCGUCAGGUUCUAUAGAUACAAAUGUCAAGCUAUGGGAUGUGAGAAGAGGAGGAUGUAUCUAUACGUACAAGGGUCAUUCAGACCAGGUCAACAUGAUCAAGUUCAGUCCAGAUGGAAAAUGGCUUGUCACAGCAAGUGAAGAUAAAACGAUAAAGCUUUGGGACCUGACUAUGGGUAAACUAUUCCAAGAAUUCAAGAACCAUACAGGAGGUGUUACUGGUAUAGAAUUUCAUCCCAAUGAAUUUCUCUUAGCCUCUGGCAGUGCAGACAGGACAGUUCAGUUCUGGGAUUUAGAAACCUUUCAACUUGUCAGUUCAACCAGCGCAGGUGCAAGUGCUGUUAGAACAAUAUCAUUCCAUCCUGAUGGUUCCUACCUAUUCUGUGGCAGUCAAGACAUGCUUCAUGCAUUUGGCUGGGAACCAAUCAGAUGCUUCGAUACAUUCUCCAUGGGCUGGGGCAAGGUAGCAGACACCAUCAUUGCAUCGACCCAGCUCAUUGGUGCAUCGUUCAAUGCCACCAAUGUGUCCGUCUAUGUGGCAGAUCUUUCGAGAAUGAGUACUACCGGUCUAGCCCAAGAGCCCCUGAGUCAACCCAGUAAGGCACCUUCUGCCAAAGAGGAGGUCCCAUCUAAGCCUCUCACAGCUAGCGGAAGAAAGAACUUUGUCAGAGAAAGACCUCACACUACAUCCAGCAAACAAAGACAACCUGACAUGAAGUCGGAACCUGAAAGGCAAUCUCCCACACAAGAUGAAGGUGGCGUUAAGGAUGAUGAUGCAACAGACAUCAAAGAUCCAGACAGCUAUGCAAAGAUAUUCAGCGGAAAAUCGAGAGUUGACCGAUCACCGGAGAGAAGUGCACAACCCUUCCCUGCACCUUUAGACGUCCCUGGUGCGCAGGAGCCUCAACCUGUCAAACACCAACCCCAACCAACAGCAGCAGCAGUGGCGCCUGCCAGCAGAGCCCCUGCACCAUCAGCCAAUGAUUGGCAACCAGCCCAUGCAAAUGCAGCCCCCACGAGAGUACCUGCUGCCACUAAGCCUGUACCAGCACAAGAGGUUGCUCCUUCAAGCAAACCUGACCCUGCAUCCACCAUCAUCCCUUCAGACAGAAACAAGCCAGCCAACUUAGAUAUGAACGCAUUCCUACCGCCUGCCAAUGCAAACAAAGCACCUGAUGUAAAUGCACCAUCGUCGAGGAAGCCGAGUGACACUGAGCGGAUGGAGGGCCUGAAGAAUGGGCACAAGUCUAUGUGCCAAGUUCUUUCAAGUAGACAUCGGAAUCUAGACAUCAUACGAGCUAUCUGGUCUGAAGGAGAUACGAAGACGUCUGUGCAGUCGGCUGUGAAUAUGAAAGACCAAGCAAUACUCGUAGACAUUCUAAAUAUUAUGCUUCUUAAAAAGUCAUUAUGGAACUUAGAUAUGUGUGUUGUUACUCUACCAAGUCUCAAGGAUCUCCUAUCCAGCAAAUAUGAGAACUAUGUCCACACAUCUUGUGCCUGCCUGAAGCUGAUCUUGAGGAACUUCACCGGUCUUAUCAACCAGAAUAUCAAAUGCCCACCGUCUGGUAUAGACAUCACCAGGGAAGAAAGGUAUAACAAGUGCAGUAAGUGUUACAACUACCUUAUCGCCACACGGGGCUAUGUGGAGGACAAGCAGCACGUCUCGGGCAAGUUGGGCAGCACAUUCAGGGAACUCCACCUCCUACUAGCCCAACUAGAAUAGGGACAGGGGCCUCCAUCUUUCCUGACAAGUUUGUGUGUGUUUAAUUGACAAACUAAGGUAGUCUUCGUCAAUAGUAGCUCUGUCUUUAACUUGAUCAGGGCCAUGUUGCAUAAGAGAUACAAGUUUAUGGCAAACCAUGUACAAAAAUGUCAUUAUUGAUUGCUGAUAUUGAUUGUAUCUAUUGAUGUUACACCCGCCUGGAGGAGUUGGCAAAAUCAAAGCCUUGGCAGAUAGAAGAACGAACCUCUAUAUUGUUUUGAUGAUAAGAUGCGUCUAUCCCCUAAUCAUGUGGUUUAGGGGAGAUUGCGAGGGUUGUGAUACCCAAAGUCCUUUGGAAGCAUAUAGAGACGUAUGCUUUUCAUUCAAAUACAUGUUUCUUCUCUUCCACUUUCACAAAAUAUUGUUUUUCAAUAUGAAUUAUACAAAAUCAUCCUAAAAGAGGAUAAAUAUAUAACAGAUUGCAAUACAAAGUCCAGGUUAUUAUUAUUAUUAUGCAUUAUUUACACCUUUCAUUAAUGUUGGACUGUAUGGCAGAAUGUGGAAUCAUAGGAAAAACUAAUCCCAAAACAGAUGUAAGGGUGUACAUGUUUCACGCUUUAACCUGUGGACUACCAGGUAUUCUUGAAUAAAUGAAAGUAUCGCUUGGAACCGCUUAGCAAUGGGUUAAGUAGGAUACUGCUAUCCUGCAACAAUGAUGGGAGAGUUUAAGCACUUCAUCUUCAUCACUCAUCCUCCGUAUCUAACCCAAAGAGAUGGGAACACAACUGUGCAUCACAGAGAUACCAACCAGUUGAUUGACGACAUAUAUUAACACGUAGAGAUCAUAUUGGUAUCAAUUUCCAUGCAAACGAUGAGAAGCUAGAAAGUCUUUGAAUAUUGUGUGCAUGUUUGCACCUAAGCAUGACCUUCGGUUACACUUAUAUCAUUGAGAAAAAAAAGACCUCUAUUUAUCAUGAAAAUAUGGGAGUGGGUUUCACUUACACUGAUAAAAUUGCUAGGGGUCAGUGAGAUGCAAGGUUUAUAGUUAGUAGAAUUUAAUGCUCCAAUUGGCUCUACCAUUUAAGCCGUCUAUUGCAGCUCAUUUGAGUCUAUUAAACGUAGGUACCUUUUAAAUGAAGAGAAUGAUUUAUUACAACUUUAAUUUAUGAUAACUUUGUGCCAUGAUGAUAUCUACCGUGGUAAUGGGACUCGCCAACUAAUCAAAAUCAAGGGUGUCUGUGGGGUAGAUAACAUAUUGGCUUUAUUUCCAUGAUCAUAAAGUGUUUAUUAAAUAAAUGGAACCCAGAGCCGUGCGACACAAAGCUUUGUACUUGAUCAUACUGUUCAUGUUAAUGCUUGAUUAAAUAGAUCAUUAUGUGUGAUCACAUGGACUAAUCAACUUUAUUAUCAACUGUUAUUAAAGCUUUGUGUUUGGGGCUGUAGGUCUAGAUAUUUCUGAAAGCAUACAGAGAUCAUCUCCUAUCGUAAAAGACUUUGCCAUCUCUGGCUCCUUAAAUGAAGAUCUUGUUGUUUACAAUGCUCAUGCUGACUCGGCUCUGAUUAAGAUCUUGUACAGAUUCAGAAAAUCUUUAGGUUUAGCCUUAGGAUAAACCUACUGCAAUCAAGUCUUGUCGGGUCCCGGGGUUGUGGUGUAGUCGCUAUAAAAUUUUAUGAUUAUUUGGCAUUGGUUAUAAAGAUAUUGUACAGAUGCAGAAAAUCUUUAUGAUUAGUAUUACUCCACUCUAAUUGUUAUGUUGUUUUUGAAAGAUUUAAUAAUGACUUGGUUUUGAAUUAGAUCUUGUAAAGAUUUAAAAAAAUCUAAGCAUUUAGUAUCAAUAUAAAAACUUUGAACUUUAUUGAAAGAACGCCUUUUGGCCCCGUUGGAGCAAAUAAAGGCUAAAACAUAUUACAUGUAUAUAAAGGUUUAACAAUAACAUAUUUACAAUUAUUAUACAGGAUAUAACACAUAUACAGGUGCCAUUAAUUCAUGGACAGUGAUUUGCAAACGUAACAGCUGGCAGAAGGGAAAGUUUGUAAAAAUUAUAUCACUGAGAUGAAAAGUUAUUCCUAAAUGCGUACAGAAUAAUUGAUACAAAAAUAAAACAGAAUUUUAAUGUUUGAAAUCCUAAUUAUAAGAAGUUGUUUCCUUUAUGUAGCUAUGUUAAUCGUUUUCUUUUUUAAAAUUAACAAUCAGGACUUUUUUAAUUAACCCCACCCGAAGUAUAAAUUAUUCCUAUCCGCCACGUGUUAUUAAUGCUCUAGCCUCUUGCAGCUGCUAGGUUGUUUUUUUUAUUAUGAUCCAGAGCGAAGCGAAUGAUACUCUAACUUGCCAAGCAGCUGAGCUGAAUUAUGUAUUCGCGAGACGCAAUUUCCUGAUGAAUAAAUAAGACCUCUUGAAUAGUAAAAAAUAACAUCGCAAUUGGACCAUGAAUACAUAUGACCUCUUGAAUAGUUAACAAUAACAUCGCAAUUGGACCAAUGAAAUGUCAAUGAUGUUUUGUUUCAAGCUUCAAAUAGUCCUUCACUUGGCUGGAGAUAUAUUUGGUGAAAUUCAUCUCAGGAGUCUGCUCGCCAGCCCUAACUUGCUUUACAAGUUCGUGUAUCCCUCGAUUGUGGAUCGCAAUCAACAAAAACAUCCUGCUGCCAGGGUGUUGACAAGAGAUUAACAUAAAUGCUCAUGUUGACCUUGCUGUGAUGAAGAUCUUGUACAGAUUCAAAAAUCUUAAGCUUCAUUAAAAAAUAUACUGGCAAUCAGGACUUGCGCUCUGAUUGAACCUCAAAAAAUCAUUUAAGAAGUUGUUUGUAUCAGUCAUACUGUGCUAUCGAUGCCCUUGUUGACGACAGUAAGAUAGACUUUGUAGAGAUUUAGCCAAUUACUGCUUCAAGCUAGGACGAAAGUCCAAUAAAAUAAAAUAAAAUAUGUUUUCUUUUGUAUGUCAUGUACUUGUGGGGCUUGCCCACCUGUUGUUUUCUUGGAUGAUAUAACUUGGUUAACUUGGUUUGUAUAAUCAUAACCAUAACCAUAACCAUGGUUUAAGUAUUAGAAAAAUAACUGCAUGACUGUUUAAUGCUUAAAAGUAAGCAACCAUAGGGACAGAUGGCUUUAAUCAUCCCCUUAACACAGAUAAAUGCCAUACCAAUUAGCCGUCUAUUGAAGCUCAAUAUCAAUUGUGUAUUCAUAACUUAGAACUAGUUUACUGAAAUUAGCAUGUGUACAGGUUUGUCAUUGAAAAAUUUAUUAAAAUUUUCAAUCACUCAUAUUCAAGCUAAUGAUGGACUCAAACUUUCUCAUUUUACACCAAAAGUUUUAGGCACUUUUUCUUUUAAGUCCCAGUAUUCGAACGGUGGACUAGUUAUUAGUUGUUAAGAUAUAUAGUAAAAUUCAUUUAUGCCUGUAUUAUACGACAAUAGAAUUUAAUAAUUAAGACAAGUUUUUCUAUCUAGUAAAGUGUAGGAAAAGAAUUUCUUGAGUUGUAUUAAAAUUAUGGUACUCUGUCAAAAGUCAUAUCGACGGCUUUGCUGCAUAUAGCAUUUCAUAGCGACCCUGCUAAUCCCCCGUUAUUUCAAAGGUGCAGACAUGGAAGCUUUUGAAGGAAAAAUAAUGCAAAGCAGGAUUCCUGUAAAUGCUAAAGUUUCACACUAACCAAACCUCUGAUGAUAUGACAUUUGAAAUGAUAAUGUGAUAAUGUUGAUUGGUCAGGAGUGGGUUCCGUUGAAAUGACUGUAGCUGCAGCUCAACAGAGACUUCAAUGCCUUCUGAUCGUACUACCCACCUUCUACUUAAAGCAUGUACUUAAGUGAAAUAAGAAAUCAUUCCUUUUCAUGUAUUAAAAUCCCUCUUCAGCAUUGAUUGUAAAAGAUUCCUGAUAAAGUUAUGUUAACUUUUCUUUUUAUAGUAAGCGGCGUAGUCCAUGUUUCAUGGGAUGAAGUGUGGCGGUUGUUUCUCUUGUCUCUCGAGUCCUGCCAGUUAGUAGUAGUAGUAUAGUUUACAUAAUUGUACCAAAUCAGACAUGAGUGUAUUAAAUACACCAAGCAGUUGCAGUGAGCAACCGUCAAUAAUUUUGACAAGAAAUUGUAAUGAGAAGGGAAAUAAUCAUAGUAAGUUCUGUCUGCGCUACUAUGUCUGGCUUGUCUUAUGCUACCCAAGCAUAAUGAAAUAUUGAAAACUUGAAAUAACAAAAAUAAUUGUGGGGGGGGGGGGGGAAUAUACCAGUUCACACACACACACACACACACACACACACACCCUCUUACACCUUAUAAGAUAUAUUGAUAUAUCAGACCGAAGGCUUCAAGUGAUUUAGUUCACACUUUUGUCCCAUGCUUAAAUGACCCCAAACUAAUAUAUAACAAUUUCUGAUUAUUUCACUUGAUUAACUGAAAUCUCAUAUGUGAAACUGAAUAAAGGGAAGCUUCAUCA